AUGCCAUCAGCAAGCCCCCCAGCCAAGCGAAGAAAACCCAAUCGGAAGCCUCUCCAAAACGCAACAGUGGUUCGCACUGCUAAGAAGAAAUCCGCCAGCACUGUGGACAAAAAGAUCCUAGAAAGGAUCCAAAAAUGUCUGGAUCGUGCCGAACACCCAAACACCGCAGAAGCAGAAGCCAAAGCUGCUCUCUUUGUCUCUCAGAAGCUUAUGAAUCAACACAACGUAAGCCAAGCAGACCUCAUUGCCAAUGAUACAAACAACAACAAAAGCCAUUUGGGCGGACGAAGCAUCGUGCUUAUCUCAAAGAUCGGAGGCUCAUCCACUAGGAUCGCCAUGGAAGCUUUCACGGGGAAGGUGGCUUCAGCCAUGACCACUCUAUACGACUGCAAAAGCUUUUCCUCAAACUACGGCACGCACAUUCAUUGGACAUUCUUUGGGAUUGCCGAUAACACCGAUGUAGCGACAAGGGCCUUUGCGGUGGCACAUAAUAAAAUCCUGGAGUGGGCGUGUGACUACAAAGGUGGCACACCCACUUUCAGUUACCGUCUUGGCGUGGCGGAUGGAUUGAAGGCUAUGGCCCAUCGAGAGAAAAAUGAGAGCUUCAUCACGCGGAGCGCAAAGCGCUGGAGAUGGCUAAGGUUGCGCAUUUUACCUGCUCCCUCUCCCGAUCCCAAUGAUUUCCUAUCAUUCGAUGACGAAAACGAGAUUGACUCAGGGGAUAUAAAGCCUAACAUGGCCGACACCGGUGCCCAUUCCGAUAGUGACGAAGAGAGCGGUCCGUUUGAUAUCAAGGCAGACUUCAAUUCGAAUGAUGCGGAGGUCGUAGAUCUCUGCGAUGAUGGUGAUGUGGAUGAUUACAUUAGGAAAUUUGUCAAGCAGGAACCAGUCGAGCUCUCAAUCCAGGACGAAACACCCGUGUUCAAGACUGAGCCAGAUGUCAAUAUCAAACCGGAGCCCUGA